AUGAGGUUGACUUCAUCUACAUGGCUGGCAUUUCUGGCCCUAUCCGCACCGGCCAUAGCCGUAAUUGACAAUCCAAAACUAGUCUUGCCGUGGGGAACUUGGGAAGGACAACCGCUGGCCGAUGAGGACAACAUCAUCUUGUUCAAAAAUGUCCGCUUCGGCGCAGAGCCUGAACGCUUCAGCACUCCGUCCUUCCCAACCUCUAGCGACAACACUGUUUACAAGAGCUUCGGCCAGGAGUCCCUGAGCUGCAUCCAGAUCGACCGCACGGCAGCAGAACAUCCUCCAGGCGGUGACAAUCCCAUCGGCGAGGAUCCCAACGGUACCCAGACCGAAGACUGUCUAUUUCUCGAUCUUUACGUUCCCAAGAGUGCCCUCGCGGGUGGUCCGUCAACUCCAUCGCUUCCCGUUGUGGUUUGGAUUUACGGCGGCGCUUAUGCCUUUGGGAGCAAGGAUCAAGAAGGCCCGUUAUACACAGGACGGGCACUGCUGCGCGCGGCACAGUACAAGACCAUCUUCGUCGUCGGCAACUACCGCGUCGGCGCUUUUGGCUGGCUAGCCGGCCACUACAUGGAACAGGUCGGGCAGCCAAAUGCGGGCUUGUACGACCAGGCUCUGCUGUUGCAGUGGGUGCAGCAGUACAUCCAUCUUGCGAACGGCGACCCCAAGCCGUUCCAGACAUUCUUUGCGCAGAGCCCGGCUUUUGAGUGGGCCUGGGAUAACAGCCCCGGUGGACGACUCGACCACAUCUUCAGCCAGUUCUCGAAGCUCGCGGGUUGUGAGGGCGAUUACGAUAUCGACUGCUUACGCACGGCAAGCAUCGAGACGCUGCGGCGUGCCAACCAAGACCUCUUUGAUGCUGUCCGGCAGACGGGCCUCUUUCCUGUUGGCCCAGCCGUGGACGGAAAAUGGAUCAAGUCCAUCCCGGCAGUCACCCUGUCGCAGAACAAAGUCUGGAAGGGAGUGGGUCCCUCCAUCAUCUCGCACUGCGAGAACGAGGCCUAUUCCUUCACCCCGAAAAAUGUCAACUCCCAGGCAUCCUUCGACAAGUUCCUCGAGACAUUCCUGCCGGGCACAGCCCUAGCCCCCGAGCGACUGGCCAUCCGCCAGCGCUACAAUUGCACAGAGCCGCCCUCCAAUGGCGACUACAACAACUGCCUCCGGUUGGUGAUCCAAGACGGCUUCUUCACCUGCAACACGCGCAAUCUCUUCGACGCCUACCCGUCCUCGUCGCGCAUGAUCUCGUACGGCUUCCCCACGAGCGGCUACGCCUACCACGCGGCCGACCUGAUCCCGCUGUUUAUGAACAACGCCGACGAGGCCAAGGCCCUGCUCAUCAAAAUAGGCAUUUCGAGUUUUUUUGCCGGGCUGUACGCCGCCUCGCUCAAUCAGACCGUGGCGCCCGUCUAUCAGAACUGCCUGGCAUCCUUCGCUGCCACGGGCGACCCCAACGCCAACCUGGGCGGGCUUGACCCUCCGCCGGGCGUUGCCUCUUGGUCCACGGCGGACGGGAGUACCGACGCGCUGUCGGGCGUGCUGCAGGUCCGCGCUGCGGCCGGCCAGGAGCCAUAUGUCUUGAUCUCGGACAGCCAAAAUACCAAGAAUACGUGUGCGUUCUGGACGGGUAUUGCUAAGGAUAUUGUUUCGGGUAGUGCUCAACACGAUGAACUUUGA